AUGAGCAAUGCAAACGAUAUUGGUCUUAUCUUCAGUUACGUCUAUGACAAGAUAAGCAAGAUUCAUCUACACAAUGUCACAUAAAGUUUAUCAUCCAUAAAGAUACAACUUGAACUAAUCCUAGGAUAGAUGGAUGAGGUGACAUAGAAUCUUACCUAUUCAAAUUUAGAGUAUUUAUUUGAUUGGGCAAAGGCUUGCCAACAAUCAAUGAAGAUUAAUUUUUUCUAAAAUUAAGAGGAGGCUAGGUUGAUGCAUGAAAUCAACUAAAUUUUACUUGAAAUAUUUUAAUACUUUCACAAUGCUAUUGACAAGAACUUUAUGAUACCACAAUCAACUAUAUGUAUUGCUAAUGAGUUAGGGAAUAUCAUUACAUAAGAAGACAAUUUUAUGGAAGUAAUGGGAAAUUCUACUUUAGUGAAUUUUGCUUAAUUUAUUGAUGUCUAUGCUACUCCUAAUUUUAAAUUAGGUUAAGAGAACAUUGAUAAUGCUUAAGCAACAUUUUAUAAAUUGAAUUAUGGUGCUUUGGAGAGGGUUUUUACAUCAGAAAAUACUUUAUCUUAAAUAAUAAAAAAUGUAGCUUAAUAAAGAGAACAUUUCUUUUAAAGAUUUUAAUUAAAUGUAACAAUAGGUAAUUUUGAAUUUACUAAAUAUGAUGAAUAGAAUUAGUUUUUCUUUUAUCAUCCAUUAUAUGCUUUAAAUGAAGAAAAGAUUAAAAAGUUGUUGAUAGUGUAAUUUGUGGCUUUAAAUUAUUAACCAUCAAUUUAAUUAGAUGAAUUCAUACAAUCUCCUAAAUUUGCUGAUAACAUCAGAAAAUUCUACCAGAAAUUGAUAAAUACAAUAUAAGAUGAAUGA